AUGCGCCUUCCAUACGCCCCAGCGGAGCCGGCAACGCCCGACCCCGAGACAGCCGAAAUCUAUGCGCGAAUUGCUGCCCGCCGCCGUCCACGACCCCUCAUCCCGCUCGACCUGUCGCUAUUGCACUCCCCGCCCGUGGCUGAUGGCUGGAACAGCUUUCUCGGAGCCAUCCGCACCCAGACGGUCGUGAACCAGGGGCUUCUGGAACUCGCCGUGUGCCGCGUCGCCGUUCUCACUGGCGCCGUGUACGAGUGGAACGCCCAUGCCCCGCUUGCGCUGAAGGGUGGCGUCCAGCCUGCGGAACUCCGCGCGGUGCGCACGCUGCCUUCCACCGUGCAGGGGGAUAUCGCGACGGCGGUGGAAGCCGUCGCGCAGAGCGGAUUGACGGCGCAACAGAAGGCGAUCGUGCGGUAUGCGGACGAAAUGACACAGACGGUGAAAGUGCAGGAUGAGACCUUUGCGCAGCUGCACCGGGAGGGAUUCUCGGACCGGGAGAUUGUCGAGUUGACUACGGGGAUUGCUUGCUACAACUGUGUGAGUCGCGUUCUGGUGGCUUUGGAUGUAGGGGAGAACAAUGCACGGGAAAUGAAGAGCGUGGAUGAGCUGGUUGAGGCUUUGAAACAAUAA